AAAAAUAAAAAAUCCAUGGCCGUUCUCGGCUUCCGUAUCAUUGCACACACUUUUAAACCAAAGUAGUCCUUGUAGCCGGACUAGGGCGAUCUGGUCAUGGCCCUACCUACCAACAAUAAAUGACAGACCUAUUUGAAAACCUUUGCUGCGUUCUAGUGCUGUAGGAACUGCUGUGUGUAUUAAUGGGCACAUCUGAACGGGGAAAACGUUUUUUUUUUGUAAUUGAUUUAUUGUUUUUGUCGUUGUUAUUUGUAUGUGAUAAUCAGAAUGAUUAAUGCGGAUAAUAUACACGAUGUCAACAAUGAAAGUACGUGCACUAUAGGUGUGGAUUCUUUUGUAAGUGGAUGUGUCUACUGUAUCUACGGUCAUUGUUCAACUUGGUCGACACGUUUUCUUUCCAAUAAACAAAGUACGUGGUACAUAGUGUGUAAUGUCUAACCAUUAUUAUAAUACCACAGUGCGAAGCAGGUAGUUCUGUGACGCGUGAACACUAAAAAAAAAAAACCAGUAAUCAAUAACAAUGUACCUUGUGAAGAAUUGAACUCCCGAACUUACGUAAUGCAUUUGAAUGUAUCGUACAGGGGAAUGGGCAUCAACUCUACUGCUGUAGUUAGCUUGUGUAGCAAGCUGCUGCUACCAGCUGUCUUUAAAUGUGAAGUAAGUUCAAUUUAAAACGUUGCCGACAAAAGAUGUGACUGCCUUCGGUUUUAAGGAUUAUUGGAGAGGCUGCAGUCAUGGGCCCAGACACUGCAUCUGCCCCUAAAACAGAAUCUUCAGAGGAGAGUCCGGGAGAAGUCGUCGUGAAGGUAAUCUCAGAAUCAGAUUCCAAUGAUGCUUCGACCGCCACUGAGCCCGAGAACCCCAGACAGCCAGAGAGCAACAUAUCAGACAAGUGUUACCCUUGCUCCAUCUGUGGCAAGGUAUUUGACAGACCAUCGAAGCUAGACAGGCAUAGACCCGUUCACACGAGGAAGCCUAAAACCCUUCAUCAGUGUCAGCACUGUGAUAAGAGUUUCACACAACAGGAGAAGCUCAUCCGACACCAGAAUUGCCACAAUAGGACUAACAAGCACCCCUGUCCUGACUGUGGAAAAGUGUUCAACAGGCCUUCAAAGUUAGAGAGACAUAAGCGCACACACUCAAAGAAACCCAAGGUGCCUCACCAGUGCUCAUACUGCAUGAAGACGUUCAAUAAACUUAACAAACUUGUCCGUCACAAGCGAAUGCACACCGGUGAGAAGCCUUUCACCUGCUCGGUCUGUGGAAAAGGAUUCUCCGAGUCAGGUCACUGCAAAGCACAUGAAAAGACGCACGAGGAGCAGCCGGAAAAACCUCACUGCUGCGCAGACUGUGGGAUGUGUUUCUUCAAGGCCUCGGAGCUCCGCCGACACUUCCGCUCUCACACAGGAGAGAAACCUUUCAGAUGCACCCUGUGCGAGAGCUGCUUCUCCCGCUCAGAAGGACUUAAAAGACACAUGAGGAGCCACACGGGUGAAAGACCAUACAAAUGCAUUAUAUGCGGAAAGGGUUUUUAUUCUCGUCAGGAUUUGAAUAUUCAUGGUUUGACCCACUCUGGAGAGAAACCACAUCUCUGCCCCGUGUGCGGUAAAGGCUUCUCGCAGCUGGGAAACAUGAAAGAACACGAACAAAAUGUUCAUAUUAAGUCGGAGAAAUACAUUUGCAAUGAAUGUGGGGCAACCUUCACGCGGUACAAGUCACUGACAAAACAUCAGCGGACACACACAGGAGAAAGACCCUAUCUGUGCCUCACCUGUGGUCGCAGGUUUUCAUGGAGCCAUUCUCUCAGCAGGCACCGGAGGACACACACACACAGACAGAUGUCUAUGGACACAUCUAAAGACAUAGCAAGCUUUGAAGGACCCUCUGAGAAUCCUGACAGUUGAAAACACAAGUAAAGUCUUUAUAGAGAGGACAUUUCAUCUUCAGGCAAUUUUCCCGGGGCCACAGUCAAGCUAAUUAGUAGUAAUUUGUAGUAUUUGUGAUGAUUCACCUUGCUGCUUGCUUUGUAUUAUUUAUCUUUUAUUGAUCAGAGCAAGAAGUUUCUGGCUUCUGAAUUAUAUUGGCAGUUAAAAUGAAUGUUAUUUUUGGCAUAGAUAUGUUCUGUGAAUUGGGUGAACGCAGAUCGUCUGACGAUAUAAGCACACUGCUGUUUGUGGGGAAGCUUAUGACAGAUUUGAACUUCCCUUUAUAUAAUCUGGAAGAAUAUCUCAUGUUUGUCAUCACCCAAAAGACCACAACCAAAGCAGAAUUGCUGCAGGCCUGAAACUCUUAUUGACAUGCACCCAAACUGUUACUAAACAAAAUGCAACUGUAAAAUACGCCAGACUAAAUUUCUGCUUUCCAACGGUGAUUACCUUAAUCUGAUGUAAUGUGCUACCUCACUCUGUCAGUACUAUAGAAAGCACACAAUUAUUAACCAGCACAAGAUGUGUGUAUAGUUCAGUCCAUGCCGGUAGCCUUUGGUAGAUUUUCUUACUCUAAUUGAUAAAAGGAUAUUUUACUUUCUUUUUCUUGGUCAACAGCUGCUCAUCAGUUAAAUGCCAAAAUUAGACAUUUUUGUACUCUUAUAUCAAGUUAUUUUUUAAAUAAUUACUCCUUCACAGAAUGGUUAAUUCUAUGCCGACUCAAAGCUGAAAGUGCUGUUAUGCUUUUCUCAUCUGCAGGUUUAUUACUUCUCACCUCAAAUGGGAAACACCUGCUUUGAGAUCACUAAGUGCAGUGUGGCCAGGAGUGAACAGUGGUUUGUCUCUGGUACGAGCUGUGUAGCAUUACAAUUAAUAGAAAAUAUUGUCGUUUUUAUAUUUUUAUUUUUGUUAUUGAUCUGUAUAGCACAUAUACUGUGUAGUUAUGUAAUCCAUUGAUUUUCUUUGUGAUACUAUCUACAUACAUGGCAUUUUACUGUCAAUAAACAGGUACAUUACAUA